AUGCUUGGUAUGGAAUCUACCAUACUCCCUCUUACAUGGCGUGACGAAUUUGACUCGAAGCGAUUCGAAACGGAAGCGCGUACACUGCGGUACCAGGCGCUAGGUCGAGCAUGCAGAGAUAUGAAGAUUACAUCUUUGAUGGUAGGACAUCAUGCAGAUGACCAAGCUGAGACGGUUAUGAUGAGGCUUUCAAAUUACAGGCUACGGUCUGGACUACAGGCAAUGCAGCGUGUGGAGUGGAUACCAGAGUGCGAGGGUAUCUACGGUGUGUACCAUAGCGGGCGCGGUCAGAAGCCGGAUCCCGACCUGGACAUUCCGUUUCUUGUCGAGCAGGGCGGCAUACAGGUUCUCCGACCACUACUGGGGUUUGAAAAGGCACGGCUGAUUGCGACAUGCGAAGAGAAGAAGGUAGGCUGGGCAGAGGAUCAGACGAAUCAGAUACAAAGUCUCACGUCUCGCAACGCGAUACGGCACCUCUACAAGAACUACAGACUCCCACAAGCGCUGAGCGUACCGUCACUCGUCGACCUGUCGAUUCAUAUGCAAGAACGUAUCAACUGGCACAAGGAUAGUGCGCACGAACUCCUCGAUCAGUGCCUGUUCAAGCUUGAUAUCCGAACUGGUCGCCUUGUUGUCCGCUUCCCGCCGUUUUCCGCCCUCCUGCCCCGUCCCAUUAAGACAGAAGCCGACAUGAAUGCAGCGAGAAACACAGCAUAUUGGCUGAUUGAGCGCGUAGCCGAACUCGUCACACCGAAAUUCAAAGCGCCCCUCGCCCAGCUCUCGGCAAGUAUAGAGCACAUUUACCCCGAGAUGGAACAACAGGAAGACGUCGAAGCAAGUGGGCAUUGGAACACUGUCCGAAAGACGAACUACAACGUCUACAGUAUAUGGUGGCGCUUUUGGGACCAGCCCACGCCGUUCCCGAAACACAAGGAAGACGGCAUCAAUCUGUCGCUGCCGCAUCUGCGGGAGUGGAUGCUCACACGUCAGCCACUUAGUGAAUCAGAGAAGACAGAUGGAUCAAGUUACUUCGAAUAUCCUCCUCGUGGCACUUCUUCAGCAGACCAUGUACCGUUGCGUAAAGAAAGCUACCGCCUUAUCGAUGGCCGGUGGUGGAUCCGCAUACGCAACCUCCUCCCCGACGACACGCUCAUCCUGCGCAUGUUCCACAAAAGCGAUCUUGAGCAUUCUCCUAGGUUGAAAAGUAGCAAAAAACAAAUUGACGAUACAGACACCAGACAUCCGUACCGCUACAUGGCCGCGGCAUUGUCGUUGCUCGACCCGCCCGACUUGCGGUUCACGAUCCCCGCCGUCUUCCGCAAACAUGCUAAAACGGGCGUGGAGACGAUAGUUGGUUUCCCCACUCUCGACGUGCGCGUUGACGGAUUCGGUCAGCCCGACGACGUAUGCGAGUGGAAUGUGCGGUACAAGAAGAUCAAUCUAGGACCCACGCAGUCCAUGGGCGAUGUCGUUGUGCCCGGGAUAUCACGCAAAGACAUAAUCAUGGCAGAAAAGAGACAUGAGUCGAAUUACGCACAGAGCGCCUGGCAUGCCAGAAAAAUCGACAUGAAAAUGAAAGAGGUCGAGAGAAACAGAUUGGCGGGCUUCAAGCACGUGCUAAGUGUUGACGUGAGGGAUAAGAAGAAGAGAGACAGAAAGCUGGAUAAGCUGGAGGCUUUGGCCAGAGCCAAAAAAGGUGAAGGGGACAUGUAG